CUACUCCACGAGUCCACGGCCGCUGCAGCUAUCCUCGUCUCUCCCAGGUAAGUAAGCUCUUUGGCUCCAGCGUCCAAUGGCUCCGGCUAAAGGUACAUUUCUUCUUCCGAGUUUUUUUUUUUCGUUUUAAUUUUGUUUUCAUUUGAAGUGUCAUUUAUGCGUUGCUGGGCUUUCAAUGCAGAUAAUAUUUAUGUUGUGGGUUUCUGUUUUGGCCGUGAUUAGAAAUUUAUGUUUGUGUUAUUGAGUUUUAUGCCUCUUAUCUGUUUGGAUUAACUAUGAAUAUGUUAAAUACUCGAUUUUAUGGGCUAAUAAAAUACAUGAAGCGCUUAUGCCCAUAUAGUAUUUAUGAAUGUGUGGCAUAAUUUUAUUGGGGUGGGGGAGGCUUCUUGUUGCAUUUAACAAUUCAGCUCGGAUCCUCAGAUCUGUUAUGCAUGCUAACUCCAUUUAUUUAAUUUAGUUUGAGAGUGAGUAAGCUGAAAAUCUGAUGUUAGUUUGAUGUUCUAGUGGUUUUGAUUGAAUUUGUUGGGGUAUCUCUGUAUAUUUGAUUGGUUUAGCAUAAUUGAUGGCCUCCCUCCUUCCAUGUUGCCCAACUUUAAGGCAAAAUCAUGGUGCUUUUGCUCACCCUUCUUUCCUUGCUGCUCACAAGGUACAAACAACAAGCUUAUAUUGAUGUGGAAUAUAUUUAUGAUGCUGUACUUGAUGGUGUUAAUCUCGAUAGUGUGACAAGUAUAUUCUCUGGGCGGGUGUAGUUAGAUUAUUAAUGCGGUAACUAAGGUUGGAGUCAUAGGCAAUCACGAUUGAAUGUCAUAUUUGCUUUCACCUUUUUGUUGUCUUUGCACCCUUUUCUUAAGAAAAUGUGCAUGAUAUUUAUUUAUUUUUACUACUUCUACUGUAAUUAGGUUUAAUGUUUUAUCUGUUUGCAGCUGAUGUUGCAAAAAAGGCUGAUCCAAAGGCUCAAGCCUUGAAGGCUGCCAAGGCUGUGAAAUCAGGCCCUGUUUUUAAGAAGAAAGCUAAGAAGAUCAGGACAUCAGUCACAUUUCAUCGACCAAAGACAUUGAAGAAGGAGAGGAACCCCAAAUAUCCCCGCAUCAGUGCUCCACCGAGAAAUAAGUUGGAUCAUUAUCAGAUUCUCAAGUAUCCUUUGACUACGGAGUCUGCAAUGAAGAAGAUUGAGGACAAUAACACACUGGUUUUCAUUGUUGACAUUCGUGCCGACAAGAAGAAGAUCAAAGAUGCUGUGAAGAAGAUGUAUGACAUUAAGGCCAAGAAAGUUAACACUUUGAUCAGGCCCGAUGGAACCAAGAAGGCUUAUGUUAGGUUGACACCAGACUAUGAUGCCUUGGAUGUGGCGAACAAAAUCGGUAUAAUCUAAGCUACAAUUUUGUAUCCCCUUGUCCCAAUUGAAGUGAUCCCAUUCUUGCGAUGACAGUUUUGUUGGUACAACGAGGCAUGACGUUAGGACUCAAUAUCAGUUGGUUAUUUAAAUUUGUAUCUGGAACAAUGUUUUCUAUACAGCUUGUGUUUGGAUGCCGAUUAAGAUUAUACUUCCUCAAUGUUUUAUCUUUUGCAA